UGUCGUACGUGUCCUAACAGCGGAACUGAACUCUCGAGAGGGAGGCAAUCUGCUAGAAACCAACACAACAAGAUGGAGGUGGAGCAGCUCCUGUCUCUGUCAGGCCCAGCUCUGGCCCAGGCUGUCAGCUCUCUGCUGGAGACCCCAGGCCUCUACGUCUUCUCCGACAUCCUGGAGCUGCCUAAUGUCAGAGAGAUGGAGAAUGGCCCUCAUGCACCAAUGUACCAGCUCCUCAACCUCUUUGCCUAUGGAACCUACUGUGACUACAAAGAGAGAGCUGCCUCUCUUCCCGAGUUGACCCCCGCUCAGAGAAAUAAACUCCGUCAUCUGUCCAUCAUCAGUCUGGCAUCCAACCUCAAGUGCCUGCCGUACUCGCUGCUUCUGCAGCAGCUCGAGCUGAAGAAUGUGAGGGAGCUGGAGGACCUGCUGAUAGACGCCGUGUACUGCGAUAUCAUCCAGGGCAAGCUGGACCAGAGGAACCAGCAGGUGGAGGUAGACUGCAGCGUGGGUCGUGACCUCGGGCCCAACGAGCUGCCAAACAUAGUCAACACGCUGCAGGAGUGGUGCACAGGCUGUGAGACAGUGCUGUGUGGUAUUGAAGAGCAGGUCUCGAGGGCGAACCAAUACAGAGAGAGCCAGUUAAAGGUCAAAGUCCAAGUGGAAACGGAGGUCUCAAACCUCCAGAAAACAUUAAAGGCCAGCGCUGCCUCUCCGUCGUCAGGCCCCGCCCCCGCUGGAGCCGCCUCCAAUCAGGAUGCAGAUCAGCCUGCAGAGCCACGAGACCCCGCAUCCUCUCAGGAACCACGACAACCAGGCAAAAAAAGUUCAAAGGUGAAAGGGCUGCGCGGCAGUGGGAAGAUCUGGUCCAAGUCCAACUGAAAACAAGAGACUGAGACGUGGAGACGAGGCACUGAAGGACACUAUCACUGAUCGACGGACAUGAUGGACAAAAAGAUGUUCAUGGACUCCCCUGUCACACACACACACACACACACACACACACAAUAAAAUCAGGAAGCUUCAUGGGAAGUUUUCUUGUCACCCAAUCUCACCUUGACGGAUUCAGAAACACACCGGCUGAUGGAAAAAUAGUUGAUGGUCGAGGACCGUCAGUGUACACACACACACACACACACAUAUACAUAUACACACACACACACAUACGUGUCACUUGUAAUCCAGACCAUGAAGACAGAUCAGUCUGCAGCAGGAGUCGGUUGCCUUUGAGCUGAAGCGGGAUCCGUGUAUUCGAUGUGUAAGUGUGUAUCAUUAUUGGUUUAAGAACUUUGUUUUUUUGUUUUGGAUUCAUUCUAUGUUGCUUUGUAUGUUUUUCUCUCUGCUGAAUUGAGACAUGUAUAAAAUCAGAAUAUAAAUUGUCGGGAAAUAAAACAACGCCCUGUACUUACUUA